GCUGCAGACACGUCGACCAACUCACGGACUCCUUUCCUUACUCUUCGCUUCGGAGCUGAGCUCUCUCGUACCGUUUAAUUGCUUCUAGUUCAAUGAAUCCGACCGUAAGGUCGAGGAGGCCGGCUUCACCCCCUCUUGGUCAUGCACCGAGAUAUCCUCACGUUCGGGACGGUCAUCUAGACGCAGAUGCGCGAAGGGAGGCGGCGUCAAAAGGGUUCACCAGGAGAGAUAUUGGACGGAAGAGCUUCCCCCCAGGCGGACUGAAUAUUGCGCCAGCAGAAUGGAAGGUGUUGUUCAUCAUAGUGGUCGUAGCGGUCUUGGUUCGGUUAUUCCGCCUGCCGCAACCAAAUAGCGUUGUCUUUGACGAAGUCCAUUUUGGCAAGUUCGCCUCAAAGUACAUCAAAUCCCAGUACUUUGUGGACGUACACCCACCCUUGGCCAAACUAUUAAUCACUCUGGCUGGUUUCGUUUUUGGAUAUGAUGGAAACUUUGACUUCAAGGACAUUGGAAAAACGUAUGAGCGCGUUCCCUACGUCGCUAUGCGGCUUGUUCCCGCGAUUAUGGGCGUCGCAACUAUCCCCCUCUCCUACCUCACCAUCCGUGCCCUUGAUUGCCGCGCAACAACUGCCAUCCUCGCAUCCCUCUUCCUCACCUUCGAAAACGGGCUGAUAACCCAGUCCCGGCAUAUCCUCCUCGACUCUCCCUUAGUCUUCUUCACGGCUCUCACCGUAUUCGUCUGGGUCGGGUUCUGCAACGAAGAUAAGCAUCAGCCGUUCACGGAGUCGUGGUGGACAUGGUUGAUCUUGUCUGGUCUUUCUCUCGGUGCCGUGGUCAGCUGCAAGUGGGUCGGUCUCUUCACUAUCGCGACCGUGGGUGUGAGUACUCUCAAGCAGCUGUGGCUUCUUCUCGGCGACCUGCGUGUGUCACCGCGGCUCUGGAUGAAGCAUUUCUUGGCAAGGGCGCUGUGCCUGAUCGCCAUACCUAUUGUGUUCUACAUGUCCAUGUUUGCGAUCCACUUCUUGAUUUUGUCGAAUUCUGGAGACGGCGACGGCUUCAUGAGCUCUGAGUUCCAGCACACGUUGAAUGGGAGAGGUAUGGCGGAUACGUAUGCGGAUGUCGCGAUUGGCUCCACGGUCACCAUCCGUCACGUCAACACACAAGGGGGCUAUCUACACUCUCACCCUCACAACUAUCCCGGCGGGAGCAACCAGCAACAGGUCACCCUCUACCCACACCGCGACGCGAACAACGACUGGCGGAUCUUCAACGCCAGCUCCGAAGCCGACCCGGACUCGGACCUGCCCUUCGGCGAGCCGCUGACGUAUAUCACGCCGGGCAUGCGCCUCAAGUUCCGGCAUAUCUCGACGCAGAAGUACCUGCACUCGCACGAGAUCCGGCCGCCGGUGUCGGACGUGGACUUCCAGAACGAGGUGUCGGGCUACGGGAUGCCGCACUUUGUCGGCGACGCGAACGACGACUGGAUCGUCGAGAUCGAGAAGGGUGACAAGCGCGACAGGGAGAGCGGGAAGCGCCUGCGGACGCUCCGCACGCAGUUUAGGCUGCGUCAUGCGCUGACGGGGUGUUAUCUGUUCUCGCACAAGGUCAAGUUGCCCGAGUGGGGGUACGAGCAGCAAGAGGUGACGUGUAAUAAGAACGCUGUGAGGGACAAUUCGUUGUGGUUUAUUGAAACGAACUGGCAUCCGGAUCUUCCGGCUGAUGCUGAGAAGGUCAACUACCGACUUCCUGGUUUCUUCGGCAAGUUCCUUGAAUUGCAGCAAGUAAUGUGGACGACGAACGCUGGCUUGACGGAUCGGCAUACGUAUGACUCGAGGCCCGACGCAUGGCCGCGGCUGAGACGUGGUAUCAACUUCUGGGUAAAGGACCACCGCCAGAUUUAUCUGCUGGGGAAUCCCACUGUAUGGUGGCUGAGUACACUCGCAGUCCUAGCCUAUGCAUCCGUCCGAGGCUUCCUCAUCCUGCGUGCGAAACGUGGAUACAGAGAUUUCGAGAACACCAAGGUGGUGAAGUAUGACACUCUCUGCGGGUUCCUCUUUGUCGGUUGGGCACUGCACUAUUUCCCCUUCUUCCUCAUGGGACGACAGCUCUUCUUGCACCACUAUUUCCCGGCUCUCUACUUCGCGAUCCUCUUAUGCGCUGCUGUCUUCGAUCUGGUAACGUCGAAUUUGCGCCCACGCGUGCGCCUGCAGAUAGCAGCGGUCCUUAUCCUUCUCGCCAUCUGGAGUUUCUCGUACUUCAGUCCAAUUGCGUAUGGCAACCCGUGGACGAAGUCAAAAUGUAAUUCCGCCCGGUGGCUCAAGACCUGGGAUUUCAACUGCAAUGACUUCCUGGAUGACUAUAGCCAGUACUACGGUAAAGCCGCUACUCCACAGAGAUCGAGCACUCCUGUUGUCACCGUCGGGGGUGAAGCUGGUGGCCGCGCUCCCGUAGUCGUGCAGGACAACAAAGUCGGACAGGGCAUCGUCCCUGACUCCCCCGACCCGCAAACCUCAAGCAUUGCUGUAGGCCCGGAACCUGGGCGUGAUAUCUUCGCUGCUCAGCCUGUGAAGGAUAUCAAGAGUGAGCCUCCGGUGGAUCGCCCUGCUGUGGCUGAGAGCAAGGAGAUCAGCUCUGUCAUCACCGAGCCGCAGCCGACCACGGCGGAGAGUCAAGCUGCAGAUACGACGUCAGUAGACACGACGAGUGCUGCAGCUGCUGAUACCUCCUCGACAGCUGAAGUGUCGACAAGCGUUGGGGAUAACGCGCCUCAUAAGCAGGAGGGCCCGUUGGGCGAAGAUGAAUCGGAAGCUGAUCGUGCGCGAAAGGAGCUAUACCCUGAGGAUGCGAAGAGGGUAUGAAAGUUGUGUAGACGUCUGGGGGUGGACCUCUGGUGCCUGGGUGUAAAAGUAGCAGUUCGAUAAUUAUUUAGGGGUUCUUGUAAUCGUGCACCUACAACUAGUAUUCCAGCAUUGCACGCUUGCUCGCAUCAUGGAC